GGCGCCCGAGGCGGGAGCCAUGUCGAAGCGGCUGCGGAGCAGCGAGGUGUGCGCCGACUGCAGCGGCCCCGAUCCCUCUUGGGCAUCAGUCAAUAGGGGAAUUUUGAUAUGUGAUGAGUGCUGCAGCGUACAUCGGAGCCUGGGACGUCACAUCUCUCAAGUGAGGCAUUUGAAGCACACGCCGUGGCCCCCCACAUUGCUUCAGAUGGUUGAAACUCUGUAUAACAAUGGUGCUAAUUCUAUCUGGGAACAUUCUUUGCUGGACCCUGCCUCCAUCAUGAGUGGGAGGCGGAAAGCUAAUCCACAGGAUAAAGUGCAUCCCAAUAAAGCGGAAUUCAUCCGAGCCAAGUACCAGAUGCUGGCUUUUGUUCACCGCUUACCUUGCCGUGAUGAUGACAGUGUUACUGCCAAAGACCUUAGCAAGCAACUCCAUUCGAGUGUGAGGACCGGAAAUCUGGAAACAUGCUUAAGGCUGCUGUCUUUAGGAGCCCAAGCCAACUUUUUUCACCCUGAGAAAGGAAACACCCCACUCCACGUGGCUGCCAAAGCGGGACAGAUUUUGCAGGCUGAGCUAUUGGCAGUGUAUGGGGCCGAUCCGGGCACCCAGGACUCAAGUGGGAAAACCCCCAUUGAUUAUGCAAGACAAGGAGGGCACCGAGAGCUGGCAGAACGUCUGGUCGAGGUGCAGUAUGAACUCACGGACAGACUCGCCUUCUACCUGUGUGGCAGGAGGCCAGAUCAUCAAAAUGGACAGCACUUUAUUAUACCUCAGAUGGCAGACAGCAGCCUGGAUUUGUCUGAAUUAGCAAAAGCUGCUAAGAAGAAACUUCAAUCUCUAAGUAACCACUUGUUUGAGGAGCUUGCCAUGGACGUGUAUGACGAAGUUGACAGACGAGAAACUGAUGCAGUGUGGCUUGCAACCCAGAACCAUAGCACUUUGGUAACCGAAACAACAGCCGUCCCUUUCCUUCCAGUGAAUCCGGAAUAUUCUUCAACAAGAAACCAGGGCAGACAGAAAUUAGCCCGGUUUAACGCUCAUGAGUUUGCUACACUGGUCAUAGACAUCCUGAGUGAUGCCAAGAGGAGACAGCAGGGGAACCCGAGCAGCGGUUCGAAAGACAACGUGGAGCUCAUCCUGAAAGCCGUCGGCAGCCAGCCCAGCGUGGAGAGUCAGGACAAUGACCAGCCAGACUAUGACAGCGUCGCGUCUGACGAAGAUCCAGACUUGGAGACAACAGCAAGUAAAGCAAGCAGGCAGAAGAGCCUGGAUUCCGACUUGUCAGACGGGCCAGUCCCCAUCCAAGAGUUCAUGGACAUCAAAAAUGCUCUGGUGGCUUCCGAGGCAAAGAUCCAGCAGCUCAUGAAGGUGAAUAACAGCCUGAGUGACGAGCUGAGAGUGAUGCAGAAAAAGCUUCUGACCCUCCAGAGCGAGAAUUCGACCCUCAGGAGGCAGGCCACCACCCAUCUCUGUCAGGUGCCGCCUGGCUCUGAGUACCCAGACCCCUCCAGCCCUUCCUCCUUAAAGCGGCGUCCAUCUGCCCGGGGCAGUAGACCCAUGUCCAUGUACGAGACCGGAUCUGGUCAGAAACCCUACCUCCCCCUGGGGGAAGUCGCCUACCCAGAAGAGAGCGUGGCCAGACUGCAGCCUUUCCCCCCGCACAUCGGGAGGAGUGCGUUUGCGACCUCCUCUUCGUCUCUGCCUUCCUUCCCCUCCACGCUUUCCUGGUCGAGGGAUGAAAGCGCACGAAGGACUUCCAAGUUAGAGAAGCAAAACAGUGUGCCGGAGAGCGACUAUGACAAUACCACCCCUGACUCUGAGCUGGAUGACACAGGGUCAGGCAGAAAGGCAAGACAGCGGAGCGUCAUCUGGCCCGGGGAGGGAGCCAUCCCUGAGGUGGGAGACCCCCAUGGCGUGUCGAGUUCUACCCUUCCGAGCACAGAGGACGUCAUUCGGAAAACUGAACAGAUCACCAAGAACAUCCAGGAACUCUUGCGAGCAGCCCAAGAAAAUAAGCACGACAGCUAUAUUCCGUGCUCGGAGAGGAUCCACGUGGCCGUGACUGAAAUGGCAGCCCUCUUCCCCAAAAAACCCAAAUCUGAUAUGGUGAGGACUUCUCUGCGCCUCCUGACAUCCAGUGCCUACAGACUCCAGUCAGAGUGCAAGAAGACCCUGCCGGGGGAGGCCAGCUGCCCGGCGGACAUCCAGCUGGUCACCCAGCAGGUCAUCCAGUGUGCGUACGACAUCGCCAAGGCAGCCAAGCAGCUGGUGACCAUCACCACCAAAGAGAACAACCACUGAGGGGCCUCUUCAGUUUUUUAGUCUUUGUAAGAUCCGAGUUCAAAUUUAGACAUGGAACUUUACAGAUUUUUACGAAAAAAAAAAAUUUUAGUGGCAGAGUAAACUUUUUAAAAUAAAACUCAGUAUUAUUUUUGCAUGUUUUCUAACAAAUUUUCCACUGUUAAUUUAACCCACUUGCCUUAUUUUUUGCCUGUUUCGUUAUUGAUCCUAGUAUGUUGUAAACAGCUCUUGGGUUGAUUUGUCUGUUACAUGCAAAAAAGUCUCGCGUUUGUCACCUCCUGCAACUUCCCGUCGUCUCUGUUUAAAAUUAUGGAAAAGAGCUUUAGGAAAACGUAUCCUCGAGAAAAUUGGACCCAAACUGUACAGUCUCUGUCUCAUAUGCAAGCAUUGUGCAAUUGCGCGAAUUUCGCCAGGUUCCUGGGACGUCUGCCGUGACCGAGCCCGCCUUGGAAGGAAGCCCGGGGACCAGCAGGGUGGAGAUGACGGCGUCUCUUAUCUACAGGCUGGUCCCUCUCUCUCUGUCAUCCUGGAGCGAGGCCCCACGCUCUUUCUUCAUUGUUAGGCUAGGUUGGGCCAAGACCACCGGCUGCAGGGUUUGUGUCCGGUUAAGGCCUUUUGCCCUGUGAUUAUGGAGCUGAAAACUGACUGCAAAAAAGCACAUGGGCUGAGUAAGCCACGGCCGGUUCUCUCAAGCCCCCUCUCACGCUGCUGCCGUUGACUGAGGUAAAAAAUCAGAACCAGCCUUGGUCGCCCCUGCCACACGGGGUGUUCCUUCAUCCCCGUCAGCCUAGAGGGAUUCCCUGCAGAAUGCGUCUUCAUGUUCCUCAAGCUGGUUUUCACCCUCCCUAAAAAGUAGCCGCCGCUUGGAAAAAACUCCUCUAGCUCACGUGCUCCUCAACUGCCCGAUGUCCCAGAGCUGGGACGGAUAGUCAGCCGUGGCUUCCGGGCCCUGGGGGCUUUCUUCAUUCUUAGAAGGAGGGUCCGUUCACCCUGAUUGUGAAGGUCUGUGUGUGAGUGUGGCUCAGAUAGUGCAGGGCCUCUGGGGACUGGGUCGUUUGUGGGCGUUCCUGUCUGUGGUCACCUUGGCUGUGAACCCUGGUUUGCCCAUAAAACAGGGCCGUCGCUGCUGUUUGUUAGAAGGGCAUUGGCUGGCUCUCUCUUCUUUUAAAUUACAUCUUCCGUAGCCUACUUGUCAUUGUGCAGAUGAACACAUUGGAAUAAUCAGAGUAAAAUGUGCUUGGCCGCUUCCAGUUUUGUCUAAGCUUGUCUGUGUGCUAAGUGGAUUCCUCUUUUCACAAAAUGGUUUGAUGCAGAAACGUGUUUGUAGCUUUGGCCAUACCUGUCAUGGAAUCACUCCAUGGUAGCAUUUCCAGUGCAUUGCAGAUUGGGUUUCCCCCCCCCAGCUUUACUGUCUUGAAGAUAAAGAGGGGAUGUGCGUGUGUGGGUACAUGCGUGCAUGUGUGUACGUGUGUGUGUGUGUACGUGUGUACAUGCGUGCGUGUGCGCAUGGUGGGGGAAGGACUCAUUUCUUGUCAUUCUCGUCCCCUUGUUCGCAUUGCCACCAAGUGCCAUAACCUUGUCGGACGCUCAUAUGGGGCUGUCACUGUCUCUGCCUUGGACAGGGGCAGCUGGGGGUGGAAAGGUCACUCUGUGUUUUUGUUUUUUAAAAAAAAAACAACUGCCUGGUAACUCUGUUUGUACUAGGUGCCCUCUCUUUGUCCUUCUACGUUGUAAAUACUUGCUCCACCUGUUUGGUUUAGCCCCCAGACCGUAGCCGGUUAAUCGUAUGGAAAUACAGGUGACAGUUCUGAAUCGGUGCCAUUGAUGAACUGAGCAAUAGAAGGCAGAGUGUCUCAACUAUUGGGAAAGCUAAGCUGUUAUCAGUCUGUUGAUGAGCUCAUCUCAAGUGACAAGAAAGAUGAAGGAAGCAAAAGUGUUUGUAGGCAAGAUGCUGCGGCGUGAGCACUCUCCCUGUGCCCGGCCAGUGCCAAAGCCACGCGAGAAAUCCUUCAUUACCACAAUUAGCAGGAACGCCAGUGGGCUGUGUCACGCCUGCCCGUUCCAGAGGCUUUCUGUUCUGUUGGCCGAGGGCACCUUGCCCCGGGGUGUUGUUUUUGGUCCCCUUUUUGCACGUGUCAGGGUCAGAGGGCACCAGAGAGCCCUCUUUGCCGUGUCUGUUUUUCUUCCGGAAGCAUGCAUUGCUCCCCUUCUGAGAAGCCAAGAGGACGGAGGCGCACUUUAUGACCAAUGGCACUUUAGGAGCAGAUAGGACAAACGCCUUUGCCCUCGAGGCCCCCCAGCCCAAAAUCCCAUCCUGCCUGUCGGGUGCAAAUCGUUUCCAUUUGCCAAAAAGGGGAAAGCUGGGCCCUCAGAGGCACGGCUCAGGAUCUGGGACUCGAUGCCGAUGUGACUUCACUGGCAGGACCUCGGAGGAGGCCCUUUCUUCUUUCUGCAGGUGCAUCAGUGAGCUGCCAGCAAGUUCAUCUCAUGUUUCUUUCCUUGUCCUGGGUGGAGUGAAAUCCUUUUCUUUUCAAAAAUGCUGCAUAAGAAAAACAAAAAUGCCUUUUUAUUGAAAAAUGUAUUUAUCAGUGUCACUCAUCAUUCUGUACUUAGGUUUUCGCUUCUGUUGUGCAUUCUAUUAUUGUAAUUAUUGUACAACCUUUUAAAUGUUGUAAAAUUGUUUUGCAUUCUGUGCCUGCUAGUUACGCAAUAAACAGGCUUUACAAAUGUC